AUGCAAUCGUCAUCAGAUUUACUCUCUGCCAUUUCUCUGCUCGAACAAUCAAAGGAAGGAUGGGGUCCUAUUCACCCAGCUUCCUCUUCUGUUGAACAAUCUAAAUCAGAAAUUUUGUCUUUGCCAACAAAUUUAUUUCACAUUAUUCCUAGUAAAAUAAGUAUUGGUAAAAUUGCUGAUUGGACAAGCGAACAAUCGGCUCCAACAACAAGUACAACAACUCACUCAGUUGCUGCUGCUAUUGCCAAUGUAACUGGUGCUAAUGACGACUUUAACUUGGUCGUUUCAAACACUCAAAGUCAAAGAAAAUCCUACACCAACUAUAAUCAAAACAAGAGAAGACCUACUACACAAUCACAACCUCCAAAGGCUGCUUACAACCAAGAACAAAACAAGCAAAACAAACAAAAGAAAAAGAAGGCCACACUUAGCUAUUAUCAAAAAACCAAGACACAAAACUACAAACCUUCCAUCAAGGUUAAGAAGAGCUGGGUCUUGAUUGAUAAAUUCUUAUUCGGUACAUUGAAGAAGGCUACAACAGAACCAUUGGAAAGUGGUAAAGGAUACAAGACACCUGAACCAAUUGAUCGUCAUAUUUGUGGUAGUUUGGGAUACUAUGACAAGAAGUUUGACAGAGCUUCUGCCAAACAACCACUCACUUUGGAAAAACCACAAAAACUUAAUGGUUAUAUUCUUCAACCACCAGCUUCAUCAGAAGAUCCACUUCUUAACAAUAAGACUGCUCCAGAAGCCAACGUUUUUGCCACUGAUGAUGCUAUUGCUACACUUAUGGCUGCUUCUAAAUCCGAACUUCCUUGGGAUAUGGCUGUUCGUGUCAGUGAAGGAAAGAUUUAUUUGGAUAUGAGAAAAUUGGAAGGUCGUAACAUUAACUUGUGGCACUCUGUUUCUGAAACAUCAUCAAAUCCUCCAUCAGUAGAUGAAAAGAAUGUUCAAUCCAUCAACUCUGCAUUCUCAUUGAGUAAGGAAGCUACUCUCGUCAAUGCUUACCUCCAAAAACAAGCUUUCAAGGAAGAUGAAGUUAAGAAAUUGGGUAACGAAGCUGUUCCAUUCUCAACUGGUGUCUUUAACUUGGCUUACAAGUAUCGUGAAUUCAAAUUAAGUGACUCAAUUAACCUUCUCGUAAGAUGUGAAAUCAAUGGUUUGUCUAAGGAAACUUCAGGUGAUGAAGAAAUGUCAUUGAAGGUUUUGAAUGAAUAUUUCCCAGCAGAACAAAAUCAAUAUCACAAUGUUGCUGAUUGGAAGACUUCAAUGGAAUCCCAAAAGACCUCAAUCAUCAUGGCUGAAUUUAAGAACAACUCUGCCAAAAUGGCUAAGUGGACUGCUCAAGCCCUUUUGAGCUCAAGCAAGCAAUUCAAGCUCGGUUUCGUUUCAAGACAAUCACCAAAGGCUACAAAGACUCACCUUAUUUUGGGCACUGAAAAAUACAGACCAGAAGACUUUGCUGAUCAACUUCAACUCCAUUUGUACAACAUGUGGGGUGUUGUUAAACUCAUAAUCGAAUAUGUUCAAAGAUAUCUCCAAGAAAACAAUAAGCAAGAUUGCGAAUUUGUCUUGUUGAAGCAUCCAAACAGAGACAGAUUAGAUUUAUACGAAAUACCUGAAGGUGAUGAUGCUGAUGAUGAUGAAUCAGCUGUUGCCUCCAGUGAAGACGAAGACGAUACCUCAACCAUUGCUGAUGAAGCAGAAACUUUAUAAAUUAUUAAUUUACUAA